AUGGUCCUCCUAACAUCCGCCCAAGUCUCAGUCGCUAUUUCAUCGGCAAUCGUUUUCUUCUUCACAACAGCACUCUUCCUGAGCGGAUAUGUAUUACAACAACAAACAGUUCGCGACUUGCGUGCGGCGAUAAAACCGCAACUACAGAGAUCGAAGACCGCGCCAGAUUUAUUUCUGCCAACUCUCAAUGAGGACGGAUAUCUGGUCGAUAUGGUGCAGAUAGAAACGAGGCCGGUGGAGCAAGAUGUCACAGAGCAAGUGGUGGAAGUCAGUGAGAGCGAAAGGACGCGUACAGAAGAGGCGCCAGAUACAGAGAACGAUGAUAUGGUUGGAGCGACGAGAUGGCAGAAAGCUGCUAGACGGAAGAAACUAGAGGAGCAAGCACAGCAGGCGAAAGGUGCUCAGAAGCCAAUAGUUGAGAACCCGAACAAACAAUCUCCACAAGAGAAACCAAAGAUCAAGUCGAAACCGAAGGAGAAGCCAAUGAGUCGUGCUGAGAGGAGGAAGAAGAUCAAAGAACAGAUUGUGGCCGAGGGUCAAGGGGAAACGUUCAAAGGAUAUCGGAGGAGGAUGUGGUAA